AUGUUUGGAGGUGAAAUCCUAUGCCAGCCAGAUGAAUUCCUUUGUUCCAUCAAUGAUGUGAAGGUUGACCAUAGAGCUAGAAACAUCGUUGCCGCUGGUGCUCUGAGACAACGCCUAUCUGGACAAGGUCUUACUUUUAUCCUCGCAGGUGGCUCAGUAGUACAAAAAGUGCUGGAGGUAGGAGAAGUUCUCACCAUUGACGUGUCUUGCAUCGCCGCUCUCACUCCUUCAGUCGAUGUCCAGAUCAAUAAUGCUUCUCUGAGACGAGCAGUAUUCGGGGGUGAUAACGUAGUAAUGGCGACUCUAACGGGACCUGGCAUCCUCUUCAUCCAAAGUUUACUAUUUCAUCGGCUCUCUCAGCGUAUUGCAAGCUAA